AAAGAAAGAGCAAAACAAAACGGAAAGAAAAAAAAAAUAGAAAUGUGAGGAUAAAUGAGAAUUCAGCAGGGAAGCACAGACUCAAAAGCCUGACCAUUUCUUUUAUACAGAAGUUCUCUUGCAAUUCUCAAUUGAGUUGUUUUUCUUUUCUCGCGAAACAAACACAAGAUCCUGGAAAGUGGAUCAGGAGAUUGGUUCUUCAAUGAACAGUAUCUUUAUGUCAAUAAUCAAGUUCAUAGAUUUGAAGUCAUAUUGAAUAUAUACCAGAAGACACUUUGGAAUUUGGAUUUUACUUUGAAAUGGAGAAAAUCUGUGAAUUCUGCACAACUUCAGGACCAGUUGUUUAUUGCAAGGCUGAUGCAGCGCAUCUGUGCCUUUCCUGUGAUGCAAAGGUCCAUUCAGCCAAUGCACUUUCCAACAGGCAUCUUCGUACCCUCCUAUGUGACUCAUGCAGAUACCGCCCAUCUUAUGUUCGGUGUUUGGAUCACCAGAUGUUCUUGUGUCGUGGUUGUGACCGAACUUUCCAUGGUGCUUCUUCCCGGCACCAGAGACGUGCAGUUAGUAGUUAUUUGGGGUGCCCUUCAGCUAAGGAUUUUGCAGCAUUGUGGGGUUUUGAAUUGAAUGAGCUGGAAAACAAUGCUAUUCAAGAUCAGUCUUUAUCCAAUUCAUGUGUUUCGGUGAAUCCCGAUGUGGUCAAACUGGAUGAUUUAGGACAGUCUUGUUCCCAAAUAGGAGUCUCUUCAAGUAAAUCCUGUGUGACUUUAGCCCCUGCUGCAGGAUGUAAUGUUGGAUCAAACAGUCAACAGACCAAGCUAUGGUUAUGCAUGCAUGUUGAUGUUUUUAGAGACAACUUGGAGUUUAUCCUCAAUAUGAUGUCAGCAAUAUGCAGCAAGCUUAUUGUGUCCUUGUUAUUGCAGGUUAUUAACAAAGGUCAACAGCAGCAAAACACUUCCUUUAUUUUGCAACAGAUUCUUGACCUGAAAAAGCUUCAGCUCACUGAGAGAGAUAGUCAUUUGCCUUCUAUUGGUGGCCAAGAACAAGCUGUCACAUCUUCUUCAAAAUGCAACUUUUCACAAAACCUUGAUAGUAAUCGAGUCCACGACAUUGGCAUCAAUCUCCACCAAAGUAACAAUCCAAUCCAGGAGCAGAAUGCAGAUCCUCUCCCCUUGUCAUUUUCUCAUCUGGAGAAUCUAGCAUCAUCUUCCACUUCUGGGAUUCCUUUGUAUGGAGAAUCUUUUUGGCAAUGCAAAAGUCCAAUUCAUGGUAGUCAGUUGUGGUCUCAAAAUAUGCAAGACCUUGGAGUUUGUGAAGACAUUUUUUGCGAAGAUGAUUUUAACAUGCCUGAUAUGGAAUUAACAUUCCCCAAUUUUGAAGACCUUUUUGGUGCUGAUCAAGAUCCAAUCAGGGCACUGCUUGAUGAUAAAGAUGUUUCUUGCUCAUCUGUGGACAAGGAUAUGUCCUUCAACAAAUCAGAUAUUGGUAAUGCAAGACCAGUGAAGGAUGCUUCUGUGGCCUCAUCUAUUUACAUCAAUCAGUCUGCUCAUACAGAAAAUAAUAUGGAUCCUUCUAACCACAUUCAUAACUUCCAGGGGAUCAGUGAUUCUCCUCGCCCGAUUCGACCAUCUUAUUCAACAAUGUCCUUCUCUGUUUCAAGGUUUAGUGCUGAAAGCAGUGGUACUGACUGCCCUGAUAGUGGACUUUCACCAAUCACACAGGUGGAAGCAUCAUACUUUUCACCUGACUUAGACAGCUUGCAUUCAGAAGCCAGAGAAAAUGCCAUGCUGAGGUAUAAAGAGAAGAAGAAGGCCCGACUGCAUGAAAGACAAAUUCGUUCUGCAUCUCGGAAAGCUAGAACCGAUGUACGGAAGAGGGUAAAAGGACGAUUUCCUAAGAUGGAGGACUAUGAUUCUGAUAAUGCCAAUGGGACAAGGAGUUAUUAAGUAGUUCCUUCGUUUAUGUCUUGUACAUAUUAUCAGUUCCAGAUAUAUUCAAAUUCAAUCAAUUCUUUCUCUCCCAUGUAUUUAUAGUUUUGAUCCUAACAGAAACAAUAAAAUUAAGGUCUUUGGUAUUCAUGAAAGUCAUCCAUGCACGUUGCACAGAAGAUAUUGCUGGAAAAGUUUCUAAACCUAAGUUGUCACACGUAUGAAAGUUUUGAGUCUAGAUAUAGCAUCUCCUCAUGUGGAAGUUGAUGUCUGUUAAUUGUCGUUGAAGUAAUACUUUC